AUGUACUUGCUGAAAGUUUUCAGCAUUGUGGCAAUCACUUCAGCGAUCAAUGCUCAAUUUAGGUCAGGUUCCUGCCACUCUCGGCUCACUGUCCAAUGCUCUUGCCCGCCAGAGUGGCAAUUGUGGGGAAACGAGUGUUAUCGUCUCACUCCUUCACCGCAUACUUGGGACGACGCCAAGUCAGCUUGCCAAGACAUGGGAGGCAAGAUGGCCGCUCCUCGCUCGCUCGAGGAAAUGAAUGUCAUGGUGGAACUGGCGCGAAAGGAACAUAGUACCUACAGGGCCUGGAUUGCCUGCAAUGACAAAGAAGUUGAAGGAAAUUGGGAGUGUGAUGGUCAGGAAGGAAGCGAACCCUUCUUGGCUUGGUAUGCUGGGCAAUCUGAUAAUGACAAAGGCAAUCAAGAUUGUGUAAGAAUUACUGUAACAUAUAACGACAGAAUGGAUGAUGUUUCCUGCGAUCUGUCUGCGUUGGCGUUUUGUGUUCGUCGCGCUGCCUGCACUCACAGCCUAAUCCAGCUCCGUCACUAA